AUGAGCCAACCCAACCAAGUGACUGACGUCGACCGCGCCAUCGCGUAUGUGAAGUGCGCGCGGACACGGUACGUGACAAAAAUCGAGAUCCUCGACAUGAUCAUGGUCAACGCCGCGCUGCGCCAAGACGAUAGAAUCGCGGAAUAUCGCUUUGAAAGCCGCAUCAGUCGGAUCACUGCAGUACCUGGUUCGAGGUACUCGUCCAGAUAUCGGUAA